UCUUUGAAGGGUCAUGCUUGAGCUCAGAACAUAUUGUGAUGAUAAAACAUGGGUUAGAAUAUGGAUCGGCUGUACAGGCAAGCAGAGUCUGUUGGCUCAUAUACUAUGGAAACCGUGUCCUGGCUUUUCUACUCCAUCUACAAAAAAUACUGCAUCUUGGCCCAACCAGGAAAGCCAGAAACUUCAUGGGAGUGCAGUAUCACAGGAGACAGGAAACGAAGCUAUUCUUGCCUGUCAGCCAGCCCCAUGAUGGAAGAAGAAUGUGGACACAGUCCCCAGAAGAAUCUCACAAGGCAGUUGCCCCUGGACUCCAUACAAGGGCUGACAGAAGGUCUGAAAGAGAAAGAGUUCACUCCAAAGAGAUUGCAGCUCCUUCUGGUGGGGAAAACAGGAAGUGGGAAAAGUGCAACCGGAAAUAGCAUUCUUGGCAGGCAAGUAUUUGAGUCCAAAAUCAGCACUAGACCAGUAACCAGGACCUUCCAGAAAGGGAGCAGAGACUGGGAUGGAAAGGUGUUUGAGGUAAUCGACACCCCAGACAUUUUGUCACAUCAGGACCUGCCUGAGACAGCAGCUGAGAAGAUCUGUGGAGUCUUGGACUCUCCAGGGCCCCAUGCAGUGCUCCUGGUGAUACAGGUGGGCCGGUACACUGCAGAGGACCAGCAAGCUGCCAGGCGCCUCCAGGAGAUCUUUGGAGAAGGGAUCCUAGCUUACACCAUCCUGGUGUUCACUCGAGAGGAGGACCUAGAUGGGGGAUCCUUGGAAGAAUAUAUCCAAGAGAACAACAAUAAGAGCCUGGAUGAUCUGGAUGUCGCAUGUGAGAGGCGACAUUGCGGCUUCAACAACAGGGCCCAAGGGACUAAGCAGAAGACCCAGCUGCAGGACCUCAUGGAGAAAAUCGAAUUGAUCCUGUGGGAGAACGAGGGCCGCUGUUACACAACAGAACUUGCAAAUGUUCCCAGCAAAACAGUUUAACCACAGAGCAGGCUUCUGAGGAGGAUCCCUCAAGGAGUCCUGGCUGGAAAGGCUGUCCCAGAUCCAGAUGGCCUCCGAGAAGAACUGUAGGUGUCUGACAGGGAGGACAUCCACGUGGGCCGACCAUAAGCAGGGGUGUCUUAGUUAGUGAUCUAUUGCUGUGAAGAGACACCAUGACCAUGGCAACUCCUAUAAAA